AUGACUGCGCUCGAUCUGCACAAUGCACUUUUCACAUCAGACAAACGACUCGUCAAUGCUACGCCUACCCCCACCCCCAUGACACAUACACGUACUCUUUCGCUCACGAUAGCCCAAGAACAAUCGCAUAACCCUACAUCCUCGACCUACAACUCCCCAACCUUUCACGACCUGCUCUCACGCCAACCACUCCAUCCAGACGGUCCACGACAUUGGGACCUUGGUCUUGACCUCACAGGAGACCCGAUAACAGCAGCAGAAUGUAAAAGCCUCCAAGACCGGUUCAUAAAAGCAAAACUUCGUCGCUUAAAGUGGAUGUGUGGGGUUUUUGAAGUUGUUCUUGGUAUAUGGGCUAUAUACUGCACGAUUCGCUAUUCCCUCGCAUUUCAAACGGCUCUUGCGAGCGAUGUGCACAUACCCACGCUUGCGCUCGUGCUUUGCGUUAUUUCUGGUGUCAGUGUCGCUGGAGUGGUCGUGACGCUGUUUAUGCCGCUUCUUCCAGCAGGCGGAGAUAGGUUCGUUCGUGCUGCGAGGAUGAUCUCAAGAGGAUGUUUUGUUGUAUUGAUAAUCGCGAUGUCGAUCGUGAAUCUUGUCCUUAUUUUGAUAUGGAGGCCUGUGGAUAGAUGUGGGUGGAAUAUGGAUGUUUCGUGGUCAACGACAGUUGCCAUCGCUGGGGAUUCGACAGCAAGGCAAUGUCGCACUGCGAGUUUUGCAGCUUGGAUAAUUGUUGCAUCUUUAAGAGUUAUUGCUACGUUGAUCAUUAUCCUGUUGUACCUUUACUUCCUGAGAGCGUAUUCCGAAGCGAGGCAUCCUUCGAGAUAUACCAGAGAAACGUACUACUACCCGCCAUUAAUGACCUCGGAGGGUGUUGUAAACUCACCCGUGUCCACUAUGGACUCACCUGUAUCCACUCCCGACCCGUCGCCAUCAGGAACACACUUCAAUUUCAACAAGUUAAUACAGACUCAGACUCAAGCUGGACUAGGAAGGUCUGACUCGACAAUAGCACUAACUAAUUCAAGCAUCACCCUCGCGCCUUCCCCCUCGUUUUCUUCCUCCCCCCACUCCCACACAAGCACCCAAGCCAUACACACACAAUCUUCCAACCCCGCACCCCCAGCUUCCAACCGCAUAUGGCGAAAUUGGACAAAUCUGCGGCUAUCAAUAAAAGACCGUCAAAGGCACAAUAAUCUUUCCGACACACUCACACCCCGGACGCUGCGCCGGCAGAACCGUACUACUAUGCCGAGUGAACAUAUCUUGCUGAAUACGAAUACAACACCCGGUGCCUGGGAGGAGUGCACGGAAGUGUUUGCCGACGGUACUGGUCUUGGUCCGUGUGCCUCGGAAUUAGAUCAGUCCGUGGGCGUUGCUGAAGGUCAGGGUGCGUGUGCGAUGGGGGAUCGCAGGAAUAAGACUGAUUCUCCAUUGGCGAUGGACUCGGAUGCAGGCAGCCGUGACUCUGACUCUGUUUAUUCUUACGGAUACGGGGCCUCAGAACCAGCAUACCCCUACCUGGAAAUUUACAACAACCCGGCUGCUGGUAAUGAUAAUAGCAUUCCUACCCAACAACCCCGAUCAUCCGCGGCAGAUAUAGCGCGGGCAGACACCAUCGAACCUGCGAUGUCGCUAACGACUAUAGAAUCGGGUGACGAAGAAGACGAACUGAUACCCAUAAUGGGCGGUUUCGUACGACGGAUGGCUACCAUCCAGUCAUUCGGGUCUCAAGAAGCUGGGUUGUCGAUGGGUCGCUCGCGCUUCUCGAGGGGUUCGGUUUCCGAGAUGCAUGCACCCGCGUCUCUGCGUUCGUCUAUUGGAUGGGCGCCUUCUAUGGCGUCUACGCUGAGCAAGAAUAACUCGCUUGGGACUGCCUCUGCUUAUUUUUCUGCGUCGAGUGAAUUGGGGAUGGGGACGGGGAGUUCUGGACGUGGUGCCGGAGUCAAUGAGCGGGGCGAGUUGGAAGCGAAGAUGACGACGAGUCCGCCUUCGUACGGUCGAUAUCACUAUACCCGAGAAGCUAACCGCACUACAUUAUCAGUGCCAUCCUAG